UAAUGAACAUAUAAUACAAUUAACUGUGCGUAUCUGAAAAUAAAUAUCACUACAGCAGUGAUAAGAACUUCUUAAUAGUUACAUGCUCAGUCUGUAACAUGAACGGUUUGUUAACUGUCGCAAAACUAACACUUCUAACUGGGUUAAUUAACAUCAGUUCCAUAUUAUGUGUUUUACUAAUGAACUAUCAAAUAUGGGAUAUUGUCGCUGCUGUAAUGACACUAAUAUUCAACGUAUGCUUGCUAGUCAUCGAAUCUUCCAAUCGCCCACAUGACAUCAUGACCGGAUGGUUCAGGCAUUUUCUAAUCAUAUGCAUUUUAAUGGCGGGAUCCGCCUCUUUCUUCUGGUUUUUCCACAUUAUACACAAUUUAGCGAUACACUGGUAUGAAAUUACGGUGGCCGUAUCGACGUCGUGUUCGGCGAUCGUAUCGCUAAUAGUAUCGAUAUACUUGGUAGCGAUGGCGCAUUCGGCUUACCUAAGGGCGCUAUUAAUGCUACCGGAAAAGACGCCAUUAUUGGACGUAACUCCGAUCGCCGCAACCGAACUGGGGAGAAAUUUCAUGCGAUUGAAGUACGACAGCAGAACACUAGAAAAUAUUAAUCCCGUAUGAGCAAAUGCUUCCAAUAGUUUUACGCAACGGAGGCUCGAACGCAAAAAGGGAUCGUAGGAAUGUCUUUGUGACAUUUUUAAUUUUCAAGUUUUAUUGAAACGUUUACAAAAGGAACGGUUGCGUUCCUUGUGCUAUGGAUCUGCUGAUAUUCAGCAUGCCAAUAAGAAUGGGACGUGAAAUGUGGGAAGUGGCGAUGGAUAUUUCCGUAUCGAGUUGCUUGAUGAGAUGCUAUAGCAAAUUGGACAUCUAUUAGUCCUUAAUUUUUCGAAUUUUAAGCAAAGUUUUACAUAAAUCGUUUUAAGUAGAAAA